UACCCACCUUGUCAUCUCUGACCGACUCACUACGAGCAGACCAUAGGGGAGCAAAGACGUGUAUAGCUCGCCAUGAACUUGAUAGACAACAUCAGCCCGUUCGCGACCCCGCACCUCACCCCGCCGGCAUCCCCAGCCAAGGCAUCAUUCUCAUCACCGCCCAUACACAGGCCAGAGCUCAGGUUGAAAAAGCUCAACUUGGGCGGAGGGCAUAGUAGCGUGACGACCUCCAAUGUCGAAGAGGAAGUCAAGGAUGCCAUGCAAGAUUCCCCAGUUCUGAUGCGAUUCCACUCGCCUCCAGCACGAACCGACUACCCACAUCAGAUGUCUUUGCCGGCAGCAUCUUCUUCGUCUACAUCGUCUCCGACCACACCUCGACGUCCAACAUCAACGUCAACAUCGGCUUCGACCUCUUUAUCAUUGGGUUCGCCUACAUCAUACAGAUCAGACCCUUAUCCAAACCGAAACUCCAACUCAUAUCCGAAUUUCGAUCCGCACCAACGUGCUCGACCGGUCAGCCUACAGUUCCCUCCCCGAACUUUCUCAGGACAAGCGCCCCCUCGAGGACGGACGCCCCAAGUGAGACGGGCGAGGCGGAGGAGCUAUGAAAAGCAAGUCGGCAGAGAUUCUUGGGAUUCUGCUAGGGGGAGCAUAAUCGAGGUAGAUGAAACCGAGGAUGAGCAGGAGAGGGGUCAGAGUUUGAAUCAGGAUCAGGAGCAUGAGUUCAACAGGAGGAAGAGCGUAAUGAUGGGCCGCAGUACCACCAGCGGUACAGGGGUAAAAGCGGGAGUAGGAACAGGAAUGGGAAUGGGCCCAAGACGUACGGCUCCGUUGACUCUGGUCGAGAGGCAUGCGGAGUUAUUGAGCGAGAUCGCGAAAAAGGAGACGAUGGUCAACGAGAUGAGGCAAGAACUCGCUCACCAGGAAAGCGAAUUGAGCGACCUCAAGAAGAGGUGGGAAUCCAUCGUGUCCCGCUCAGCCAUGAUGUCCACGACGACGUCUGUCCCAUCCACCUCCUCCAACUGGAUGUCUUCCUCUGAUAGGCACUCUGGAGCGCAUCCUCCGUUUGGGAAGUCAAGUCAAGAUCGGGACCACAGUCAAGAUGACGGCGAGGGAUUGUCUGUGGGAGAGAUGAUCAACCCGUCGGUCGCUAUCGAGGGAGGAAAGAAGUUGUUGGGACAAUUGAUGGGGUCGAUCAGCCUCGGUGGCCAGUCCGAGCCCCAACUACAACCGCAAAGACAACCCCAACUCGAUGGCGAUGGGUCUACCGACCGUAACAAGCCCGCAAGAGCAGUCAGGACAACUAGCGCUAGGACGGUCAGCCUUAUUGCAGGAACCGGAUCUGGGAGUUCAGCAGGUCGAUUCCCGCUGAGCAGCGCUUCAUCUACAUCCAAGGGAAAGGAAACCCAGACCCAGGCGAGAGCUCAGCAAGCCCGGCCGAGCAUGGAAGUGAUGGGCAGACGAGGGUCGGCAGCGUCGAGUACGACAACGAGGUCGGAUUCGUCACAGAACCAGUUCCGGAUGGACGAGAGAUCGGCGGAUCACGAGGGAUUGAAUGGACUCGGCUUCGGACAGGCGUUGGAAGGGAUGGUAGAUCCUGGUGGAUGGACGAAGAAGUGGGGGGAUGUGAUGAGUAAUCCACAGUGAGGUUCAAGCGGGUUCCAAGAGGGCGAGCGCGUUCUUCUCGAG